UGAACUAUUUGAUGACCAUUCAGGUUUACAUUAUGUUGACAUUAGUGAUUUUCUCAUUUUGCGUCCUAUGUCACCACCAGGUUUAGACUCCCACUCAUUUUGUGAAAUAUCAAUAUCUACUCUAUAGCCUGUCAGUAAAACAAAGCUUCAGGGAGUAACUGAUACCUGAAACAUUUUUAUAUGUCAGUUUGACUUUAAGAUUGUUUGACCCAAAAAGUAUUACUAAUUGGAGUUCAGUUACAAAAAUAAGAUGGUAAAAGUGUAUGUUUGUGUGGUCUCUUAAGAUGAUCCCAACCAAGAGUUUUUAGAGGUGAAGAACCAGCAGGAGAAGACAGAAUCUUUUCCUUACAGCUUCACCGUCUGCAUCUCCACCAUGUUUGAUUUUACCAACGUGCUGCAGCUGGUACAGAGUCUUGAGAUGCUGCAGUUACUGGGAGUGAACAGAGUGGUUGUCUAUAAAACCAGCUGCAGUCCUGAAACACAACGAAUACUGGACUACUACACACAAAAAGGUUUACUGGAGGUGAUUCCUUGGUCUCUGUCCAGAUAUGUGAACGUGUCUCGUGGCUGGCUGCCUGAACAUGGUCCCGGUGAACUUCACUACUUUGGUCAGAUUCCUGCUCUCAAUGACUGCCUUUACAGAUACAUGUACCAGUCCAGAUAUGUGGCUCUACAUGAUAUAGAUGAGCUCAUACUGCCCCAGAAAGUCGUCAGCUGGGUAGAGUUGUUGCCGCUGCUGGAGAACAAAUAUGGUGCCAACAAGUGCUACAUGUUUGAAAAUAACGUGUUCCCCAUCAAUAUCAUGUUGGCUCCUCCAGCAUCCCAAAGUCUGCCACCACAGACUGACUGGAAGAAUGUCACUGGUGUGAACAUUUUGGCUCACCUGUACCAAGAACCAAUCAUUGAGGAGACUCAUUACAGUAACUUCAAGAUCAUUGUCAACCCUCGAGCAGUGUUUUCCACAACUGUUCAUGGGGUUCUGAAGUCACAGCAUGGCUGCUCCUGGAUUGACAGGAACAUAGCACGGAUGUACCACACAAGAUUUCCGAGACAACCCAACCUGGCAGAAGACAAGCUGAUUUAUGAUGGCAGACUGCUGAGCUACAGCGCCCACUUCACACCAGCUGUGAACAAAGUGCUCAGAGAGACUGGAUUCCUACCAGAGCACAGCACACAAUAGGCUUGGUGCAUAGCUAACUCCCUUUGAGAAACAGAAAAUAAACAAACAAAAAAAAAACAGGGGAAGUUUUAGGAGUGACGGCGAGAGAGAGAGAGAG